UAAAUAUGAAUGUGACAACUUAAUUGUCAGCAUUGCCAAGAGAUGCAUAAUGUCUCAGACAACCCCUUGGAAGAUAUAAAAGAUCAGCAUCCUCUGUUCCUCCUUCAUUCAACAGCAGCUCCCUGUGCUCUUCUUGCUUGCUCCAGCAAAGGCUUUGCCGAUACCCCAGGAAGAUGUGCUCCCGUGGAUCCUGCCACGACUAUGAGUCCUCCUGCCAUGGAUCCAGCUCUGGCUGCCAUGGAUCCCACUCCGGCUGCCACAGCUCAGGAUCCUCCUGCCAUUACACCAUCCAGAGGCAGCCUGUGCAGAGGUUCACCUACGUGACGCCCUGCUACACCCCUAUGCAGUCCUAUUGCCCCCCUGUGCAGCGUUAUUGCCCCCCUAUGCAGCGCUACUGCCCUCCGGCCCCCUUCUGCCCCCAGUACACCAAGAACGUCUGUGACCUGCCACCAAAAUGCCCCAAGUACUAACAGCAGGAUCCAGCUCCGGCACCUGGACCCACCGGCUCGCUCCUCCCUUGGAUGCUGUGGGCAUGGAUCAUCUCAUCCUUACUGAAAUCCCUGGGUCUCUGUCAGGUGCCUCAUCGCUGGUCUGGAUGAAGUGUUCCCCUAAUUAUCAUUCACGGUGUCAUUCUUUCUAAUUAUUCAGGAAAUGUCCUUUCUAAUUAUUCAGGGCAUAAUUACUGUUGGGAAUUUUUCUGUGCUAUGCACUUCUGUUCCAGUACUCAUCUGGCUGUGGGAAAUAAUAAAUCUUACCAUUCAUGAGA